UGACGUUUUUUAGUUUAAUCUAAUUUUUGUCAAAAACAUCUCAUUCUAAUAAAUUUAAUCGUUCAAUUAUAACUAGAAAUGGGAACCAGGGAUAAUAACGAGUUUAAGGACGCAAUUCGUGAUAUUGCAGUGCACGCACCAAAUCUUGCCAACCCCUACGAUAGAGUACGUUGUUCAGAAUGGGCAAGAAAAUUAGCAAGUAUACCAGACGAUAAAAUUGAAUUUAGCAAAUUAAGAAACGAAUAUGCACAAUUUUUGAGAAUACAAGUGCGAAAUAAUUUUCUCCAUGGCCCUUUCAUGAUUCCACCCCCUGAUACAAACUUGUGUCCUUUGGCAGAAUGUCUAGGAAAUAUGAUGGCCCAAAAGAUACCAUAUUUACCCAGAACGGGUCCAAUUGCUCCCAUGCUGCACCAUAGGUCUCCUGAUGGUAGAGCGUUUGUGUCAGCAAAACAAAUUCCAGGAGGUGGUGUCUUCUGUUAUAUGGCAGUUAGUCCCGAAGGUUUCGAUUAAAUUAAUUUGUGUCAAUUAAACUUAUUUUUUGAUUAGUUUUUUGGGGUUUUUCAAAAA